CUAUUGUUUUUAUCUCUAUCUUCGCUGCAUUUUAAUAUCCUUCUCCUCACGACCUACAUUUCAUUUUCGCUAUGGCCCGCAUUCCAUUCUUCUUAACUCUGUUGUGUCUGUCACUAUCCGUCUUCGCGGUAUCAUCUAGCAAGUGUAAAGUUGGCAAGCGUGCGGGGACGACGGCAGCUCUCGAGGCCCGCACCUGCGAGAAUGAAGACGGCGAAGACGGCUCUGGAGGCUGUGACCCAUGUGAUGACAAGUGCGAGACAAACAAACGGUCGCUGGAAGACGAAGACAUCUCAGUUAGGACCAUCUACGGGAAUGCCACCGUCCCUUGGGAAGAAGGAGAGACCGUCCGAUGGCACAUCCUGUCAGCACGUCAGAACAAGCAGCUCGUCUUCAACUGCAAGAGAAUUCCUGACAUUUGCCAAAAUAUGUGCUUCGGCAUUGAAUGCGCCAAUCCGAAGUUGCCCAGCACUUUGACAAAGAGCAGCGAUACGAAGACUUGCCGGGACGCGCGGAAGCGUAACACCUGUGGCGCAACAAAUCCGAACCGAUGCAGCGCCAAAUUUCCAGGAAAUGCGGGCAAGAUCAAGGACAUGUCCUGUGAUGAGUAUCCUUUUGCAAGUACUCGUGAAGGACAGACUCUGCAAGCUGUUACACGCUGCGUCCCAAAGGAACAGAACAGCAGUCAAGGAGGCCAGAUCAGCGGUCUCUACAAGAAGAUAACCCAAGGCACUCAGUUCGACGUCCGAUUCGACUUCAAGGGCGAUGGACAAGGUGCUCUACCUGGGGCGCCGGGAGCCACAGGCUAUUGCGCGGCCAACAGGAUCUGCGCACUCUCAGGAUAUCAGAAGGAUCAAUGAGUCGCAACUCUAUACAUUACUAGCCCAUCUUCAGUGUGAUCUACGUAGAUCUCCUAGUCCCGCAUCCAGAAUCCAAGAUGCAAAUUGGAUA